AAGCCAGUGGCAGUGGGUCUCUCACAGACUCAUAUCUGCCUCCCAUCAAGCAGCAGACAGACAGACCGACAACCCUAGCCAGCCCCCAGCCAGGAAGCAUGCGUGAGUGUAUUUCAGUCCACGUGGGGCAGGCCGGCGUGCAGAUUGGCAAUGCCUGCUGGGAGCUCUACUGCUUGGAACAUGGGAUCCAACCAGAUGGACAGAUGCCCAGUGACAAGACCAUCGGUGGAGGGGACGACUCCUUCAACACCUUCUUUAGUGAAACUGGGGCUGGAAAGCAUGUGCCUCGGGCAGUGUUUGUGGAUCUGGAGCCCACUGUGAUUGAUGAGGUUCGGACGGGCACAUACCGCCAGCUCUUCCAUCCAGAGCAGCUCAUCACCGGCAAGGAAGAUGCUGCCAAUAACUAUGCCCGAGGGCACUACACCAUUGGAAAGGAGCUCAUCGACCUGGUACUGGACCGAAUUCGGAAGCUAGCUGACCAGUGCACAGGACUCCAAGGUUUCCUCAUCUUCCACAGCUUCGGAGGGGGCACCGGCUCAGGCUUCACAUCACUCCUGAUGGAGCGGCUCUCGGUCGACUAUGGCAAGAAAUCCAAGCUGGAGUUCUCCAUCUACCCCGCGCCCCAGGUGUCCACGGCCGUGGUGGAGCCCUACAACUCCAUCCUGACCACGCACACCACCCUGGAGCUGAGGCUGGGAGACCUGUUAUGUUGUUGUCCCAAAGCUUCCUCAGCCGUCUCCACCCAGAAGCCCUUGCCUGGCAAACCGGCUGGGCUGCUCUGA